AAUUACGAUCCUUGUGUUAAUUGUUUAAUUUACUAAAACAAUAUUAUUAUAUAUUUUCAAUAAAAUUAAAAAAAUUAUUUACCAAUUAUGGAAAUGAAAAAAAAAUAUCGGAAAUUAAAUAUUGCAAGUCAAGGCGAAAUUCUACGAUCACAUCAAAGAGAUGAUGACUUUGUCAAAUAUUUACGAGAAAAGGUUAUCGAUAUACUACAAAUUUUGCAAAGGAAAACGGGUUUAUUACCCUUUAUUCACUCUGAUAUUCCAUUUAAAUUAGUUUAUUUUUUUUUUACAUCGGGAAUGGGUAAUCAAACGUUGGGUGAAGAAUAUACUGGACUUGUGCAAGCCAAUUUAAAAGCUUAUAAAGUUCCAUCUAUAUAUGCAAGAAUAUUGGCAGUAAUUUUAGAAUGUUUUGGUGAAAAAGCAUUGAUAAGAUUAUUAAAACAAUUGGAAUUAUCAAUUAAUCAUCCUCACAGUAAAUUAACUCCUACAACUGUAGUAUUUUUAAAUUCUUUCAUAUCAAAAAUGUAUACUAUAAUACCUGUUUUUAUAUUAUUGCAUAAAGGAUUAUUUUAUAUAUUUGGUCGAUAUUAUAGUUUAAGUAAAAGAAUAGCAGGAGUAGAUUAUGCAAAGGUGUAUGGUCAUCGGCCUACUGAUACUAUCAGUUCAGGAUUGAGGCUAUUAGGAAUUGCUACACUUAUACAGUGUAUGUUGAAAAUCUGGCAAAAUUAUAAAAGUGAAAAUCAUUUUGAGAAAUAUUCAAUACUUGAUGAGAAACAUAAUAAGUUGAUAUGCCAGUUGUGUCUUGAAAAAGUGCCAACAACUACCACACCCUGUGGUCAUUUGUUUUGUUGGUUUUGUCUUACUGAUUGGUUGCAUACUAAACCACAAUGUCCACUGUGUAGAGAACAUGUUGUACCUUCUAGAAUUGUACAUGUAAUGAACUUGUAAUAUUGUUUUUAAAUAUUUAAAAAGAUAAAUUAAUAAAAAUAAUAUGCAAAUG